CUUGAAUAAGAGCAAUAGAGUUCCUCCCCUGAAAGUAUUGCGACUGCCUGGAGGCUGUGGCUGGGGCGGUGGCGGGUCUGUCACGUGGGCCGGCCUGUCUGCCUGUUUCGGCGGGCAGCGAAUUCCCCCGGACAGAGAGUCGUCCGACCAUUACGUUUCCAGCCUUUUUGCUCUUUUCUCUGAUAUGACAUGCCGCUGUUGAUCUCAUCGUUCUAAUUUCUCCCAUCCCACUGACCUUGGCGCCACUCGUUCACCCUCUCCUCUCUUCCUUGUGCUCUCGAUUCUGUUCGCCCCUCGACAACCGGACACGUCGCAGCUGCUUUGCCUCCUUAUCGAUUAGAUCGAUCCCCAGACGGAGCAUAACCGCAUAACUAUUGAAUACCUGGCACGCUGUCUGUCUCGUUGAUUGGCCGCCCAUAUUGGUCACCGACUACGAACCAACAUUCCUCCACAUCCUUUUUGCGACCGUGCUGAGCAAACACAAUGACCGGCCCGUCCAUCCAAGAUCGCACGGGCGAGUUCCACGCCAUUCUGGGCCAGGCCCAGAAACGCAUGGCGUCGUCGAAGGUGGGAUCGCAGCGACAGAACCUGCUGUCGGAGACCCAGCGACGACAAGCCAACGGGUACGAGGACGGAAAUGCCCCGGGCGGCAAGCGAUCGCGGUCGGAGUUCGCCAGGAAGGCCGCUGAAAUCGGGCGCGGGAUUACGGCGACUACGGCGAAAUUGCAGAGACUGGCAGAGCUGGCGAAGCGAAAGACCCUCUUCGACGACAAGCCCGUCGAGAUUUCGGAAUUGACCUACGUGAUUAAACAAGACCUGGCAGCGCUGAACCAGCAUAUCGCGGGACUGCAGGCGCUUACGCUCGCGCAACAUCCCAAGGCUGGUCGGUCGAAGGCGGACCAGGAGGGAGAACACAAUGAUAACGUCGUGGUGAUGCUGCAGGGCAAGCUGGCCGAUGUAGGCGCCAACUUCAAAGAAGUGCUGGAGGUCCGCACCAAGAACAUCCAAGCGUCGCGCUCGCGAACCGAGAACUUCGUCUCCUCCGUGUCCUCGAAGUCGCAGUCCGCACUGGACACGCAGCGGUCGGAUUCUCCGCUGUACAACCCCUCGGGACGACGAACGCCGCAGCCGGGCGGCGCGUCUGAUCUCUUGACCCUGGAGCCGUCGAACCCGUCGCCGCUGGGUCGUCCGUCCAUGCACUCGGACCAGCAGCUGCUGGUGAUGGAGGAGGCGCAGUCGAGUAACUCGUACAUCCAGGCGCGAGGGGAAGCAAUCGAUGCCAUCGAACGCACCAUCAACGAACUCGGUGGGAUCUUCGGUCAAUUGGCGCAGAUGGUCAGCGAGCAAUCGGAGAUGAUCCAGCGGAUAGACGCCAACACCGAAGAUGUGGUCGACAACGUGCAGGGAGCGCAGCGUGAGUUAAUGAAAUACUGGGUGCGAGUAUCGGGCAACCGGUGGUUGGUUGCCAAAAUGUUUGGAGUUUUGAUGAUUUUCUUCCUUCUCUGGGUGUUGAUCUCUGGAUAGAAACACCCUUUCUUCUUCUUUUUGCUACCCCUAAUGAUGUAUUAAUAUUGGCACGCAUUCGUCACGCUGUGCUUGAUGAAUCAUGCAUACCACGCUUACAGCAUUGCCUGUCGUUCUCACUUUUAUGCUUUUGGCGUGGCUAGAGUUUCUUUUCUGCCUUCUCAUGUUCAGUUUAGUUGUUACG